GUAGGCAAGUAACCGGCUCGUCAUCCUCCCCGUUUGCUCGACACUUUUUUUUUUUUUUCUCUUUACUGCAGACUCUCCCAGGACGUGUGUACAUACGCGCAUGUGUGUCUCUCUCUCUCUCUCUCUCUCUCUGUGUGUGUGUUUGCGGUUUGUUCAUUUCUUCACUUUUUCUGCUGCUGCCGCCGCCGCCGCCGCUGCUGUUCCCUGGAAAACAAACGGCCCUUUUCUACCGGACCUAUCGUUUCCUUCGAAGUUCGACCUGCUUUUUGGACUUUUUCUUUUUUUUUUCUCCAGUUUGUGGUAAGGUCGAGGUGGAAAUCGGAGAGAGAGCCGGACCCGAAGAAGAAGAAGAAGAAGAAGGAGGAGGAGGAGAAGAAGAAGAAGAAGGAGGAAGAGGAGAAGAAGAAGAAAAAGAAGAAGGAAGAGGAGAAGAAGGAGAAGAAGAAGAAGAAGAAGAAGGAAAAGAAGGAAAAGAAGAAGAAGAAGAAGAAGAAGAAGAAGGGGAAAAAAAUCCCCCAGCCAAACCUGGCGGAGGAAAAGGGCGUUCAUACUUCGAAGUAACCAUGGAAGUUCCUGGUAUGCAGAGUACUCAGAUUGAUCCAGAGGAGUUGUUCACUAAAUUGGAUCGCAUUGGAAAGGGAUCCUUUGGAGAGGUGUUUAAAGGUAUCGAUAAUCGUACUCAGAGUGUUGUCGCCAUAAAGACCAUUGAUCUGGAAGAGGCUGAGGACGAGAUCGAAGAUAUCCAGCAGGAGAUCACAGUUCUCAGUCAGUGCGACAGUCCUUAUAUCACCAAGUACUACGGCUCCUACCUGAAGGGCAGUAAACUAUGGAUCAUCAUGGAGUAUCUUGGUGGGGGUUCAGCGCUGGACUUGCUGCGGGCAGGUCCGUUUGAUGAGUCUCAGAUUGCCACCAUGCUGAAGGAGAUCCUGAAGGGGCUCGACUACCUGCACUCUGAGAAGAAGAUCCACAGAGACAUCAAAGCUGCCAACGUGCUGCUGUCAGAGCACGGUCAGGUGAAGCUGGCGGACUUCGGGGUGGCCGGUCAGCUGACGGACACGCAGAUCAAGAGGGAAACCUUCGUGGGGACGCCAUUCUGGAUGGCUCCCGAGGUCAUCCAGCAGUCCGCCUACGACUCCAAGGCCGACAUUUGGUCACUCGGCAUCACAGCCAUCGAGCUCGCCAAGGGCGAACCUCCGAACUCCGACAUGCAUCCGAUGCGAGUGCUCUUCCACAUCCCCAAAUCUCCACCACCGACGCUGACCGGAGAUUUCUCCAAGAGCUUCAAAGAGUUCACCGAGGCCUGUCUCAACAAGGACCCUGCCUUCCGUCCCACAGCCAAGGAGCUCCUCAAACACAAGUUCAUCGUCAAACACUGUAAGAAGACGUCCUACCUCAGUGAGCUGAUCGACAGGUACAGGAGGUGGAAGGAGGAGGGGCACAGCGACAGCAGCUCUGAGGACUCCGACAGUGAGUCCAGUAAUAAGGAGAACAGUGAGUCACCCGAGUGGUCCUUCACCACUGUCCGUAAGAAGAAGACCGAGGGCAGGAAGGUUCUCAAUGGAACGGUUCAGGAUCAGCUGAGUAAAUCUGCCAGUCUGACCACAGUCAUCUCUCCUGUCUUCACUGAGUUGAAGCAGCAGCACAAGGAGCACUCUGAGCAGCGCUUGGCCAUCGAGGAGCUGGAACGCAAUAUCCGGUUGGCUGAAGAGGUCUGUCCGGGUAUCACAGACAGGAUGGUCACUCACAUCAUUGCCAGAUUCACGACCAACUGAAGGGGCCGACAGAUCGACAAAGGAAGUACGUAAAUGAACAGAGACUGUGUCUCCGUACGGUGACGCUGCUGGAUGAUUGGAAACGGAGGAGUUUUGCUGUGCGACGUCUCCUCGCUGUACAUACACACACAGACACGCGACUCACACACACACACACACACACACACACACAC